AGCCGCCGGAGCCGCAGCCGCAGCCGCGGAGCCGCCAGAGCAGCACCGGAGCCGGGGCCGGGAUGUGACGGGGCGGCCGCUUCGCGCCCCGUUGCGCCUCUGCCCCGGGCCCGAGGGCCCCGAGCCCCGGGAGGCUGUCGGGGGGUGGCGGCGGCGGCGGGCCCCCCCCCGCCGCCCCCAUGUCGGAGGGGCCGCCCUACGGCGAGGGGCAGCUGGCGGGGGACGCGGCCGUGGGGCAGCUGCCCUUCCCCGUUCGUCUCCGCGGCCCCGACACGCUCCUCGCCGGAGGGCAGGGCAAGCGGCCUCCCAAACUGGGGCAGAUCGGCCGCAGCAAGAGAGUGGUGAUUGAAGACGACAGAAUCGACGACGUGCUGCAAAACCUCUCGGAAAAGGCCCCCCCCGGUGUCUAAAGCCUCCCUGGGGCUGCUCGGAUGAAGCUGGGGAGGUGCCGGGCUGGGGGGGUUGGGAGUCGGUUUCCGGCGGUUAUCGGCAUGAAAUAACACCACCCCCCCACACACCUCCCCCCCA